UGGAGGGAUGUCUGCUGGUGCGGGUUCUGUGAGCUUGUGGGGUCCGGGAAGGUGGUGUAGGACGGGACGGGAUUCGGUUGGGGGUGGGGCUCCUGUCUGCCCGUACUGGGGACGGAAGGGUUAAACGCGACGGUCGAGCGGGUGCCGGUAAACAGAACUAGCCCCGUCCCAUAGUGAUGUAAUGUGUGCAGUGCCCACAGGGGGGUUGUGAUGUGACCCCCCUCCCUCCUCACCAGCCAUUCUAACAUGUAUAAGAGGUGGCACCGUUCAGCCUCCGGUCAAUUGGGCUCCUAAUCUGGAUGCGGGACGGCGAUCUACACUCCCGCCAGGCGCUGCAAGCCCACACCCCCCGCCACAGGUGGCGAGAUGAUGCCCAUGCUCGAAGCCAUGGAGGUGCCGAACCACGCCAAACAGCUCCUACUGCAGCUAAACCGGCAGCGGACCAAAGGUUUCCUGUGCGAUGUGAUCAUCGUAGUGCAGAACGCUCUGUUCCGGGCGCACAAGAACAUCCUGGCGGCCAGCAGCGUCUACCUGAAGUCCCUGGUGGUACACGACAACUUGGUGAACCUGGACCCGGAGAUGGUAAGCCCCGGCACCUUCCGCACCAUCCUGGAUUACAUCUACACUGGCCGCCUCAACGACUACGAGCAGGGUAGCGAGCAGACCCUGGGCGCGAUCCUGGCGGCCGCCAGCUACCUGCAACUUCCCGACUUGGUCGCUCUCUGCAAGAAGAGACUCAAACGGAACGGCAGCUACCUGCACAUUCGCACAGGCUUCUCGUCAUACGGUAAACUGGCCCGGGGUCUGCGCGCCGCCACCCCCGUCAUCCAGUCCUGUUACUCGGUGCCUCCGCGGCUCUUGGACGGCCAGCCCUUGCACACCUUGAACACGAACUCGGGCGAGCUUUACGCCCCGCCUUCUCAGGGUAACCGGCUCCAGGACCUGGCGCUCGCAGACCAGGCCACAUCGCAGCUGCUCGGCCUCGACCUGUCCAAAAGGAGCCCGCGGGACGACGUGCACUCCGGAGAGUCCAGGCAGACCAGCCCGCCGGCGGGCGGCCCCCUGCUCGCCAACGGGACCCCGGGCAAGGAGCAGGCGGUGGGCGUUAUGCACGCGAUGGAGACGGACGAGAUGCUGCGGCCAGAUGGCGGCGUCUUCAGGGGCGAUGUGAAGGGGACUGACGAGGUGUCACGCUGGUUCAAGCAGGAGCCGCUGCCACCGUACGCCGACGAGUGCGACCGGGAGAAGGUGGCGAGGGGCGAAAGGCAGGAGCGCAAGGGGGAUGCGGCCGGAGGUCCCGGGCCCCCUCCCCCGCCCCCGCCGCCUCCCCCAACCACCCGCUACGCGGGGCUGGGCUGCGACGAAGCGGAGGACGAGAAGAGCAGCAGCGAGGAGACGAGCAGCGACGAGCCGUGUGGUUCCGGGGCCGCCGAGCGCUUCGCCGAGUGCGCACACCUGGCCUACGAGCCCGAGCACUUCGGCGACAACCUGUACGUCUGCAUCCCGUGUGGGAAGGGCUUCCCAAGCUCGGAGCAGCUGAACGCACACGUGGAGAGCCACACGGAGGACGAGCUCUUCCAUAAGGAGGUGACCGAGCCCGCCGCCGCCGUCGCCGCCGCCUUCGCUGACAAGCCGGGCGCCGCUCUCGGGGACCUGGUGCGGCCGUACCGUUGCUCCAGCUGCGACAAGUCCUACAAAGACCCGGCCACGUUACGCCAACAUGAGAAGUCACACUGGCUGACCCGGCCCUACCCCUGCAAUAUCUGCGGCAAGAAGUUCACGCAGCGGGGCACCAUGACUCGCCACAUGCGGAGCCACUUGGGCCUGAAGCCGUUCGCCUGCGAGGCGUGUGGGAUGCGCUUCACCCGCCAGUACCGGCUUACCGAGCACAUGCGCAUCCACUCUGGUGAGAAGCCAUACGAAUGCCAGAUCUGCGGCGGCAAGUUCGCGCAACAGCGCAACCUCAUCAGCCAUAUGAAGAUGCACACGGCCGAGUGCAAGACCAAGCUGGACUUCGGCGACGGUGUCUACCCGCUGGCCAAGUUCGCCGCCGCGCACCUGGGAAUCCACCAGGACAAGGCGGCCGAAAUGCUCGGCCAGUCGGCGCAUCUGACGGCCGACUCUUACCCCCCGCCCUAAGGGGCUGCGCUUGUGCCUCCCUCCAGAGCCGGGGGCCGCUGCCCCCUCUCCCACAGUGGCCAAUACAGCCAGGGCCGAGGGAGGGGGCGGCGGCACAACCCCGGGUCACCUUUGCCUUAAAGAUUUGAACUGUCGAAUGUGAGUGCCUACACCUGACGAUGUGAGCGCACGCAGCCCUGCACCUGAGGCAAGAGGCCAGGGUCCCUCACUACCUCCUCUGGUCUGCUCCCUCUCUACACAGCACCUCAUCACCUCAGCCUCCUGCCCCAAGGUCGAGGCGGGAACUUGUUUAACCGCUUUCACCAGUUAUAUCCUAAAUGUUCUGAAAACGUCCCUGUAGUUGAUCAACUUUACCCAUCCACAGAACCACUAAGUCCCAACCCCUCUCCACGGCAGCCCCGCAGCCCAGAGAGCACGGACUCCAAACACACCGCGCCGACAGCUUUACCAACUCAACACUGUGACAAGGCUGGUUCGGGUAAGGGCCAGUGGGGCCGUGUCUCGCCCCAAAGCUGCAGCUAAUCUUCUCCAGGCCAGGUCAGCAAAUCUUGCGGAUCAUCCAAAGUAUCACGGGGCGGCUGUCAAGGACUUUGGAAAUGACAGCGUGGAGCUGGGAAGAAACUGGGUCCUUAAAUAACCACGGGAUAAAGUUGGAAAUUGCAGGUCGGUUAUUCAGUCACUUAUUAAAUGCAGUAUUUUAGCAUGAGAUGCAACUUGCCAGUGUUUUUGCAGGGAUUUGUAAAAAUGUCCUAUUUUGUAUGUCCGAUUGGAUGUGGGUGGAAUGUGAGCACUGCGCCUGUGUCUGACACACGCUCUGUAAAUAAAUGUGACCAAAGUCAGUCUGUGCUGUCACCUACCCGAAUAUUUUUUUUAUAAACAAAAUUUAAAAGCCAAAAUACAAUUCACAAUGUUGCAAUACAAGAAACAGUAUUUUUAUAAAUGUUUUUGCAUUAAGAUGAAUGUAUUUAUUGCAUGUAUUUGUACUGUUUACUCUGUAUAAAAUGCUUCGAUGGGAUAAUGUUUCUAUAAUUGUAUUUUUGUAAAUCAGCAAACCAAAAAUUUUCAUCGUGAAACUGGUUUCUAUAAAACACCAAAUAUCAAUUAAAACGUUACAGACGUGGA